GAGUGGACACUCGGCUGGACGGUGGUCUUCAGGAAGGUCACCUGCUUGAAAGAUGUUUGUGGGUCGUGCGGGUACUGCUAUGACCCCCGGCCUGGGGGCGGGGCCGAAGGGUGCAAAGUUAACUGUGAACGACCUCUAUGGCUUCAACAGCCGGAAGCCCAAGCCGUUGGGGGUCGCGGAGGUCUUUGGGCGGUACACGUCACGGCCCCGCGAUGCUCAGGGUCAAGGACAGGCUCCGAGUCAGGCUCAGGGUCAGCAGGGUUGCCGUGACGACCUCUCCUCUCAGAUCCUGGAGGCGGCCCGGAGGCUGAUGGAAAAGCGGAGACUGGAGCUCUACCUGAGAGAGUGUGACCUGUCCGUCAAAGACAGCACCGCCCACCUCACCAACAUGCCAUACAGGAUGCAGGUGUCUAUUGUGUGUACGGAGCACAACCUGAAGAGUCGCAGUGGUGAUGACCGCCCCAACCGUGCCACCAUAGUGGGGGCGGGGUAUAGCAAGCCACGCCCAUACUGCACACGGCCAUGCACGCAGGGUCACGCCCACAUGAACGAAGCUACUGGACGCAACACCAGCAUGAAGUACAGGAAUCUGGGAAAGUGUGGCUUAAGAGUGUCUUGUAUGGGACUGGGUACCUGGGUAACAUUUGGGUCUCAGGUUUCUGAUGAGGUGGCAGAGAGUGUGUUGACUGUAGCGUACGAGAAUGGUGUGAACCUGUUCGACACAGCAGAGAUCUACGCCUCAGGAAGGGCAGAGACUGUCCUGGGCAGCAUCAUAAAGAAGAAGGGGUGGAGACGUUCCAGCUUUGUAAUCACCACAAAGAUCUACUGGGGUGGACAGGCAGAAACGGAGAGAGGUUUGUCAAGGAAGCAUAUUAUUGAAGGUCUCCGUGGGUCUCUGUCCAGGUUACAGAUGGACUAUGUGGACAUUGUCUUUGCAAACCGAACAGACAUCAACACCCCCAUGGAGGGUCAGUCUGAACGCAUGGUGUUCCUGAUAGAAACUCUUUUCACUGAGCUCAGCUGCUUCAUGUGUGUGUGUGUGUGUGUGUGUGUAGAGGUGGUGAGGGCAAUGACCUUCGUGAUCAAUCAGGGCCUGGCCAUGUACUGGGGAACCUCACGCUGGAGUGCCAUGGAGAUCAUGGAGGCGUACUCCGUAGCGAGGCAGUUUAAUCUGGUUCCUCCAGUGUGUGAGCAGGCAGAGUAUCACUACUUUCAGAGAGAUAAAGUGGAAGUGCAGCUCCCUGAACUCUACCAUAAAAUCGGUGUAGGUGUGAUGACCUGGUCUCCUUUAGCCUGCGGCCUCAUCACGGGGAAAUACUGUGACGGAGUGCCAGACACGUCCCGCGCUGCCCUGAAGGGGUACGAGUGGCUGAAGGAGAAGGUUCAGAGUGAUGAAGGUCGGAGGCAGAUGAUGAAGAUUAAGGAGAUAACCACUCUGGCUGAGCGCCUGGGCUGCACCGCUGCUCAGCUUGCUAUAGCAUGGUGCAUGAGGAGUGAGGGAGUGAGCUGUGUUCUGAUCGGCGUUUCAAGCACAGAACAGUUACUUGAGAACCUUGAAGCCAUCAAGGUUCUGUCUCUUUUAACUCCUGAACUUGUUGUGCAGUUGGACUCUGUUCUGGGAAACAUGCCACAUUCCAAGAAAGAAACACGCCACUAAGAGAGAAAAAGAAAGAAAGAGAGAGAGAGAGAGGGAGAGGGGGGAGAGAUCUGUAACUUUAAUCUGUAACUUCAUUGUGAUAAUAGAAGAACUUACAGUAUUAUACGUGUAUUUGUUAUGAUUCAUCAAUGUCCACAUAUAUAUGCACAUACUGGACAUUAAAGCUUCACUCUCAUAUCAUCACAUUUAUUCAAAUUACUCAGAUUUAUGGCACUUGGUAGAUGCUUUUAUCCAAAAGUCCACUUACAGAAGUGCUUUGUUGUCCACUCAGAGAAUGUACCCUUCAGCUUAAACACUGCUAAAAAACAAAAGCCAGAGCUGAAACAUAGAAAGAUACAGAGUUAAACACAUAUGAAUGCAAUACAUUUCAACAAGUACUUAGAUUAGCACUCACUUCACAUAGAGACCGUCUUCAGUCUGCAUUUGAUCGUGAGAGACUGCUGUUCGAACAGCCAGUGGGAGUUUGUUUCACCACCUGGACUCCAGGACAGAGAAAAGUCCUUCCAUGUGUCCUGAAAGAUGGCAGGUCAAGCUCAACAGGUUUAAGGUACAGUUCGAGUUUUGACCAGUGCCAUUAGGGAGGGAGGGGCUGGGCUGUUUUUGGCUUUAAAGGCAUCAGGGUUUUAAAUCUGAUGCAGCUACAGGAAGCCAGUGAAGGGAGCGCAGCAGUGGUGCUGCAUUAAGAAGAUUGGAGACGAGCUAAGCUGCUGCAUUCUGCAUCAGCUGAAAUCCUGAUGGCCGCAACGGAAGACCAGCAGUGAGUGAGCAGGAGUAGUCAAGCUUUGAGAUGACCAGAGACUGAACGAGCACCUAGGUGACCUCCUGAGAGAGAGGAACCAGCAUGACAGUCAGGUUCGCAAUAUAAGCUGAGACCGAUAACUGGCCAUGCAGAAUCACACAAAAGCUUCUUGCAUCUUCAGACCUUCUUAUGCUUAUUAUCACCAAUCAGGACAUGAGACAUGGCGUGGAGUUCCCAGACCACCAGAAGGUGGCAAUAAUAUUCAGCUUGUUAUGAACGCCUGAUGUGUGCAGAUGAGCAGCUGUAUUUCAACUUGACAUCUUCACAUGUGGUGGAAACCCUGCAGGGAACUAAACCCCACAAAUGUUCUUAUCCAGCCCUCAUAGAACCACAAAUGCCUACCCUUUAACAGUUGAGCAGACAAGCAUGAAACUGUAGAAAUGUAUGAAACCUCAGAGGAACCUUUAGAGGAAUGCUUUGACCAAUAUGCUAAUACAGCUAACAGUGGUUGAAUGCUUGGAGGCCCUUUAGCACUUUGUGAAUGAGUUCAUUCUAACUAGCCCUGCUAGCAUGAAAUCAGUCUUAGUCACAUCACUGGCUCUUUUAAACAAAGGAAACCUGCCCCCUAGUGGAUAAUGUGUGUGCAUGAGUCUACACUAUAAGUGUACCAAACCUCAGAGGAACCUGUAAGUGUACAGUUUGAAUGAAACAUGCUAAUGUGGCUAACAUUAGAUGAAUGCUAGGAGGUCUGAAAGCAUUGCAUGGAGCUGCAGAGAGAUCAUGCUAAGUUCUGCUAGCAGGCAAGUCACGUUACUGUUUUAGAUAUUAUAGAUUGUUUUAGAUUAAUUGAGACAGAAUACUGCCCUCUAAUGGAUACUGUGUGUAGAUGUAGGUAGUUGUAUGUUUUAGCUGUGGGUGAUGGUUUGCACCACCUACUGUUUACACAGGCUGUAAUAUACCAUGAUAAUUAUACCACAUGCUAAAAAGCAUGCUAGGCUUAAACUGCACUUUGGAAAAGUAGCAUUAUGAAAAAGUUUAGAUAAGUUGAUUAAAAAAAUUUGAAACAUGUUAAUUUUGUACAGAAGUGCAAUUCACCAGACAACCUAAAUUGUCUAAUUUACUGAAACAAGCUAAGCUACAGCUUAGACCGCACCUGAAAUGGAAAUGGUUAGCCAUGCACUAGCACUUGUUUUCGCUGUGAUGGAUCCCCCUUCUUUACCCUGGUUGGCAUUUGUUAAUGUGAUUUUUGAUAUGGAAAUAAAGGAAACUGUUUAACAUGCACUACGUGUACAGAUGGAGUGGAAUCCAACAGUCACUCUGAAAUCUCUUUAAAUCUGUGAAUAAAAA